AUGUCGACACGCGCGGCAGAGGCGCUUCAGGAGGUGCAGGCGGCCAUCGCCGCAUGGACUGAAGAGCCACCUGUGCCAGCCUCCGACAUACUCGAUGUGCUAGCUUCGGCAUUGGACAUGCUCCAAUCGCCCCAUCCCUGGGAUGGCGCUCGUCGUGGAAGCACACUGGCAUCGGGUGUCGAUGCGCUUCGUGCCUGGUGCCAGCAUGCGCCGCCUCAUAUCGCUAGACUCUCUGACAAACGUGCGUUCUGCACACAUCCCGUGUGGGAGAUAUGCACUACUCGCAUCGAAGGCGUUUUCGCACUGCCACCUUCGUCUGCACUCCAGCGUGUUCGCACGUUGCUCGAUCAGUUGUGGACCAUGUGGGAUCAGGUAGACGAAGUCACGGCCCCCUCAUCCUGGGCCAAGGCAUGGUACCAAGCCCAUGCCUCGCUGAACCAAGGCGUAUCACUUCUUGUCAUGGAUGCCUUACUUACUCACUAUGGCCUCGCCAUUUUAGAGGAGACACCGCGUUGUUUCUUUCAACGUAUUCUCGCCGACAUCCAGGCAGGCCGGGGUCAAGUGAGUCGACGCUCCCACUUAGCAUCGACAUUGAUUGCGGCGACACAACAUACUGAUGCCUGGCUAACAGCAUGGCUACCUGUGCUCGCAUCGAGUCUCUCACACACCGAUGAGCGGGCGGCCGAUAAUGUCAUGGCACAUGUGGUUCACCCUCUUCUUGAUCAAUGGCCGUCUACCUUGGCCCCUCUUUUGGAUGCUCUUGAUGAGCGUGGUGAUUCGUACGCCAUUGUAGCUGUCUUGCAAGCCGCCAAGGUUCGUGAUCUGUGCACGCUAGACGAAAACGCCGCGUCAAACUCCUUGAUCGUUCCAUUGUCGCUCUUGGAAGCAUGCCUAUCGUCAGGUUCACCACGUAUGCAUGUGGCAGCAUUGGCACUGUGUGUGGAUGCCAAGACACCGGCCCAGCCGUUGCAUGCACAUGAGAUCCAUAUCGUCCGUCGCUUUUUUGCCGAAAGCUUGAUGAUGCCUAGCUCGGUAGCGCGGAAAGACAGCAUUGCGUUCUUUGUCAAACUGCUAGUGCGUAUUCGCACGAGCGCAAACAAGUUAUCCAAAGAUGAUGCUCGUCUCCGUGCUAUGCACGGCCUUCUACAGCAUCUCUAUGAUGCGGUUGUGUUUGCGAUGCAUCCAGGCGCACCCUAUCCUUGUAUGAUCCUGGCAACAUCGCUUCUGCUGCUGCUAUUGGAAGCUACCUCACCUAUUUCCACUGUGCCUAUGCAUAUGCAUAGACUUCAUGAUGCUAUGCGGGCGCUGCACAAGGCCCAAAAAACGUUCCCAGCCGCAGCGCUGCCGCCAUUGAUACCCACGCAGCCUGUGAUCCUUCGACUGGUUCACUUGGCCACCGAGAGUACAUACGAUGACAUUCAAGGAACGGCUGUGCUGAUCCUCAUGCGAUUAGCACAGCGCCCCUCUUCUCUUCUUCGCGACGUUUCCUUUUUGACCGAUCAUGUGGUUCUUCCCAGUUGGACACGCCUCCCGGCGAUGAAAGAGUCAGAUGCGUACGCCUCUGUUCAAUUGUUACAGCUUUAUCACAAAGUAUGUCCAGAAGCGCACCACAAAGAUGUACUUUCAUCGCUUGGUGUAUCGCACGAUGCAUCGCUCUCUUGGACGCAAAACUUAAUUGAGGUACAUACCAAGCGAUUAACAGCGUACUUAACGACGACAACCUCGUUGGCCCACGCAUCCACGCACGGUCUUCAUGGCUUCCUUGCUGCGCUAACAUACCUCGUGGCGUGUGAACCGCCCACAGUGCCGCAGCAUCUGUACAAUGUCAUUCUACGUGUGUGGGCCUUUGUCGCGCCUGUCUUACGAGCCGCAUCGGACGAAGGGGCUGAAGAUGUGAGUGAGCUAGAACGAGCCUCCGCUGCGACGGAACAUACCUCUGUCUCCGAGAUGCAGCAAAUUUUAUCGUUCAGUUGGCGAGCUAUUAAAGAAGCGUCGGCCUUGCUGUGUGCCUUGGCGUUGCAUUGCGAUCCAGCUCUCCUCCCAUGGGACGAUAUAAAUGAGACGUUCCUUGCAUGGCUCCUGCAAAUUCGGCACCGUGGUGCCUUUAGCACCGUAUACCCCCACUACCAGACCAUGGCACGAGCGCGUCUGGUCAUGUCGUCCUCGCAGCCCACAGACUGGCUACAUGCUUUGGUGUCGCGUGUUGAGGCGCAUGCGGAUGCAUUUAGCACAACGCGGCGCAGUGCAGGCUUGGGCUAUGCGGUGAUGUCCUUGCUCAGUGCGCAUAGCGGUGCCACCCUGACGCAGGAAACUAAAUGGGUUAUGCAACGUUUUCUUGCUCUUUCGCAUGAUGCAGUGCCUGUGCGCUGCAUCCAUGCUCUGAAUAUAAUUCGUGUACUCAUUAUGGACAGCUCGAUGGCUAGUGCCAUGAAGAUGUAUCAAGCUGAUGCACUUACAAGGGCUGUGGCCUGCUUCUCUUCGCCACAUUGGGGUGUACGGAAUGCUGCAAUGAUGCUGUAUGCAGCAGUGUCGAACCGGUACUUUGGUAUUCACGCCUUUCAAUCGCUCAACGGCCCUACCUUGGACGGCCUUUUGGAUGCCAGCCCUGCGCUGGCGGAGACGUUGAUCACUGCGCUUUGUGAGGGGUCAUGUCAUGUCGCAGUAUCAGAUUUAGCUACCGUGGGGCAUGGCUCCGGCCUGUACGCCAUUUUGCUUCUUCUCUCGCAAUGUCGCGGCCAUGUGUCGUUCCAACGUGAGGACGUAUUGGAGGCGCUUGCGCGUUGCAUGGCAAGUGCCAAUACAUCGGUGCGCACCGCCGCGGCCCAUUGCUACGCCGCGCUCGUACCUGCAGAAGAGCGAUCACGUGUGCUUGCGCACCGCGUUGAGCAGAGUACGACACGCGAUCAAAAUGCGUUGGCAGGCACGCUAGCCUUGGCUCAUGCGUGUGCUCAGCUGUCUGUGCCAUGUGCGAAUGUGCUGCAAGCGAACUGGGUUUGGCUUACAGAUAACCCAUGCCCUGUUACUGUGACUGGUUUCUUGGAGGCCUUGGAAGCGUGUGAAGCAGGGGCGCAGGCAUCGACAUGGCUCCAUGCCUUUUUCCAAGCAAGCUGUGUGCCUACAUCGACCAUGACCCUUCCUCGUGAUCCUUUGGUGGUGUGGCUCUUACCAGUGGCCCUUCGCCUGGCUUUUGCCCACAAGGUAGCGUUGCCGAUGGAAGCAUGGUCAUGCAGUAUGGAUAUGGCUACUGCUCUUAUAAUGUUCAGCAUCCAGGAGCCGGAGCCUGUUCAGGCAUGGUCUCGUGUAGGAUGGACAGACGAAGGUGUACGUUCCACGUUGCUUUCAAUUCUCUUGGACAGCGCCUAUCCUCUGGAUGCACGUAUUGGUGCAGCUACUUUACUGGACCGUAUGGGCGGUGAAUAUGCGGCCCAUAUCCAAGCCAUACUCACCCUGGCCUACGCCACAGAGCAUGUACCGCUUCGUGAGGCCCUCUUACCCUUGCUAGGCCGAGCUUGGGACAGUGAUACGUUGGAAGCGUGUGUAUACUUAUGGGACGCUUGUGCCAAACCAGAUGUGCCCACCGCCUCCCGACUGGGUGUAGCACAAGCCCUUUCUCGUGUACAUACGCCCACUGUUUCCAUGGCUCUUCUUACGUGGCGCCUCCUGCAAGAUGACGAUGCAGACGUGCGUGCUGCUGCAUGUGCGCUCUUCCCUCCGCCACACAUCUCUUCUUCACGAUUUUCUUGCGUGUAUGCCAUGCAUCGCGGUCCACAAUCAUGCAUCGAUAGGCUGUGGGCGACGUGGGCUGACCACCCCACCUUCCACCAGGCUGUGUGGGAUCUGUGGAUGCCUACAACAUCUGUGGAGACAAAAGGCGUGUCGAAGCUCUUUUCAGGCGAGGCCAUGAAUCAGUUCCAGGAUCCAGUGUUGGAUUUGCUUCGUGCUUACGAUGCUUGUGCGAAUGGUCGUAUACCAUGCCCUCCUCACAUGACCUCCCUGCUGACUCCAGAGACGGCGGGCAUCACAGAGGUUCCGACAUCGGCGGAGGCGUACCACGCAGCUUUACAGCGCGUCCUACUGCAGCAGCUAGCGCAGAGGUAUGCAUCGACUACGUCUUCGGCGUGGUCAGAUGCGUCCAUAGAUAAAGCGCUAGCGCUCUUAGGCGUGCCUGCAUGGUCGAUUCCUAAAGAGCCAGCAUCCCAGGAGGCAUCGAAACCUCUUCGUAUAGCGUAA